UGCAGUGGCAAUAAAUUAAAUGUUUACGUGUAAUCCAAGCCUGAAUUGAUUUGGUUUAUAAACAAACACGGAGAGUGCGAAUUGUUUGGGCUUGCAUUUGAUAACUUCCCCCACUGGCUUUUAUUUUACUUCCAUUCAGAGAGCUGCGGGAGACAGCCGAAAAAGGUUGCACAAUUUUUAAUUUGGAAAGUUUCAAUUGACAGAUAUACUUUAUAAAUUAAUAGUUUCUUUAUUAAAAAACCUAAAAUGUCCGAGAAUACCAAUAAGGUCGAAUUAACACCUGAUGAACUGGAUGCCCAGGAGGCAGCGGCGGCCACUGAAGCCAACAUAUCCAGUCAACUGGCCAAGCAAAUCUGGUCUGUAAGGCCCAAUGAUGUUGGCCUGGGAAUUGUGGAACCGCCCGAGCCACCUGUGCCCAACUAUGACACUCCAUCUGGCUUGGGAUCUUCGAGUAAGACAUCGUCCAGCGAUAAUGCCUCAAUUUACAUAGGCGAAGUGGAACGGGCUCUUUAUGGUGAUUCAUCUGGGUAUCCGGAAAAUGGCAGUCACAAUCACUUCAAGGCUGCCGAGAAUUAUUCAUUGUAUGGCGAGAACUUUCUGGACUUUCCCAAGGAUGCGGAUUCCUGUUUUUCGGGCUUGGGACCGAUGGUCAAUCAUUCCUCGCAUCCUGCGCCAGGAUUCGAACGAUCCGCCAGAUUGGCGGCUCUAUAUGACAGAGGACAAGCUCAGGGAUCCAACUUUCCGGGGGGCGGCUAUCAGCAACAACAAAGACAGCCACAUCAGCAGCAGCAACAACAACAUCGGCCACCUGGCCACGAUAAUAACAACAACAACAACAACAACAUUAGCAAUUUGCCUAAGAAUUUCAAUGAGAUUCCGUUUCCACAAUUUUAUCAUCAGAUGCAACAUCAACAACCGCCACACCCACAUUUGAAUCCACCACACCACCAGCAUUAUUUCAACAUGCCACAAAAGCAACAGCAGCAGCCAGGAGCUCCAUUUUCACAGCAGCAGCAGCAGCAACAUCUGCAGCAGCAGCAACAUCUACAGCAGCAGCAACAGCAGCAACAGCAGCAGCAACACCUGCAGCAGCAACAUUCGCAGCAGCAACUUCCACAUCCGCAGCAGCAACAUCAGCAAACAAUUCCAGGAGCAACUCUAAAUGGAGGAGACUUUACAGGAUUGGGUCAUUGCAAUCCCAAUGAUCUCUCUAUAUCGCAGCUCUAUCAGCAACUGGUGGCUUGUAGCUUGCGCUCCAAUCAGCAGCACCACCAGCAACAUGCACAGCAGCAACAACAGGCAACCCAACAGCAACAGCAAACGCCAUCCAGUGCUGCCGCCACUGCUGCCAUUAUUUUCGCCAGUCUUGAACGUCAGCAACAGGUGCAGCUGCGCCAAUUGCAACUGCAACAAUUGCAGCAGCAGCAACAGCAGCAGCAGCAACAGCAGCAACAGCAGCAACAGCAGCAGCAGCAACAGUCGCGUUUGCCACGUGGCAUUUUCGGUGGCAACAAUGGACAGUCAAACGGAGGAACAACUCCACCAACAGGCAAGGAACCUCCGGCAGGAAAUCACAUAUAAGACUGUAAAUUCAAGGGAGUCCCAAAAAGGUCAGACUCCAUAUUCAUCAAGUCAAACGGAAUUUAAAAUCAAAUUUUAAAUCUAUCAAAUUUACUUUUUAACAAAAUUAUUUCAAGUCAGACUUCAUAUUCUCCACAAAAGGAAUAUUUAAUCGACUUUUAAAUCCAACAAAUCAUUUUAAAACAAUUAUUUCAUUAAUUUAUUUCUGGCUCUCUUUGGACUUGCUAGCUUUUAAACUACUUCUUUUAUUAACUAUUUUUUAUGAGCAAAAUUCAACCUUCGAUUAACAAAACAAAAUGUCAGACUUUUAUAAACAAUCUUAACCAAUUGUAUACAAAUAAAAUAAUUAAAUUAUUAA